AAUUCUGCUCCAAGCACUCAGGACUGAAAGACGACAAGUGAGGGAGAGAGUAUCUAAGCCUAAGAGAGAGCUACAGAGGGAGACAGAGGGGGAGAGCUUUAGCCUGGCUUUUCUCCGCUGUGCCUUUCAGCUCCCCUCUCACUGUAGAAAGAGGCGUGUCCAUGGACCAGUAUAAAGUCCAAGGAGAGCUACUCGUGUUGAGCCAUUCUCAGGAGCGAGUCCUUUGCACUGCACACCAGCAAGAGGAGGAAACUGCAGCUGUGACUUAAAACGCUGCCUUUUGAUGACCUGUUUUGCAUUGGGAAACUUGUAGACCAGAUUCUUUUCUCUGAGCUUCAUUUUAGGGUGGACGUGCCUCUGGACUUGAAGGGACAGCAAGACUGAGUGGUGGAUAAUCCUGCCGGCAAGUGUUCCUUCCAACACAUCAAAAAAUAGUUCUUAUCACCACUACACUCGCAAGCCGAGCAGAUCAAGUGCAGGCUCCAAUUUCUGUUCUGUGAAAUUGAAUAAGAGGAACGGAGAGGCAAUACAGCAGAGGCAUUGUGUCCCUGCAAUUGAAACACUAACCAGCUGAAAAUAUCAAAGACCAUUCUGGACAAAGCUUUCCUCUCAAACCUUCCUUGUUGGUCUAAAUUCUGCUGAAGUACAAAGACACCAAAAGCCGCACCACACUCAGAGAGGAGAGGGGAAGCAGAGGGCACCAUACACAAAGGCAUAGGAUUGCGUGCAGGUGUCGGGGCUGCCAUGGUGCCUGGACGUGGCGUGGCAGUUGCCCCGUCCUGCUGGGGCCUUUGGGUAUUCGGCGCCCUGUCGCUGGUGGCGCUGUGCUUGUCGGACACGGCCAUACGCUGCCCAGUUUGCUCUGAUGAGAGGCUGGCCGCCUGUCGUUUGCCGGAAGGCUGCGAGGAGACAGUGCGGGAGCCCGGCUGUGGCUGCUGCCCCACCUGCGCCCUACCCAAAGGGGCUCACUGUGGUGUCUACUCUCCACGAUGUGCCACAGGCCUCCGCUGCUACCCACCGCGUGGCGUUGACAGGCCACUUCACUCCCUGAUGCACGGCCAGGGGGUGUGCAUGGAUGAGAGAGAGGUGGAGGAGAACUCAGCGAUGGAGAGGCAGGAUGAGAUCAUCCUUGAGCACCCGAACAACAGCAAUAUCCGGUGCAGUCCACAGGACAAGCGCUGCAUACAGAAGACCCUCGCACGCCACCCUCCAAAGUCCACGAAUCAGCGAAGCAACACAGCCAGGGAGGAGACCAAGGCGGCGCUGGCUCCAUGUCGUGCUGAGCUGCAGAGAGCGUUGGACAGACUGGCAUCAAACAGCCGCACACAUGAUGAUCUUUUCACAAUCCCCAUACCCAACUGCGACAAGAACGGAGACUUCCACGCUAAACAGUGUCAUCCUGCACGUGAUGGACAGCGGGGGAAGUGCUGGUGCGUAGACCAGAAGACGGGUUUGAGGCUGCCGGGGCCACUGGAGCUGCGAGGGGAACUGGACUGCCACCAGUUAAUGACUGCUACGCUGAGGGAUUGAGGAGUGAGGAGUGGCGGAGGGAGGACCAGCAAGACCAGCUUAACUCUACUGGUGCUUAUUAGUAGAACUACAUGCAGAAAGGACUUCGCUCUAAAGCCCCUCUUCACCUGAGGCCAAGGGUACUAGAGCUUGUGCAACAAAAAGGAAACCAUUGAUUUGAGUUCUUUUGCUAUAUCUGUGUGUGAGAGUUUGUGAUCUCUGAGUCUAUGAGCACUUGUUGUGUAUUGUUCCUACUAUGUGAACUUAAGACUGGUGCUUUGAAGUAACAGGUGGCAGACAAAGAACUUCCACAGUUAUAGUUGUGAUCUUUCUUAGAGAGCAAAAUAUGUUGUUUUCUCCGGUCUAAUUUCAGUAUAAUAGUGUUAAAAAGAAAAUGCAUCAUUCCCAAAACAUAAUCAGACCUGAGAUACAACAGGAGCUGUAAGCAUUUGAUUUUGUUGUUUCUGGAGCUGUAUAGAUCAUCUAGUAAACAGUGCAUUUGGACAAUCCAGACAGAUUAAUCAUUAGAGGAUUGUGCACUAGUUUUUCACACAAUGUGUGUAAUGGUCGUAAUGUGUGGCUCUUAUCGUACUGCCCUAUAUGUAUGUCAUAAACCCCACCCAUCUGGUUAAUAGGGUCAAACAAACCAUAAAAUAAGUAUGCAAACACAAAGAGUAGUAACAAGGCAGUGGCAAUAAAAGAUAGGACAAGAUUAGGAGAUAAAACUAAAGAAAAAAACAGAGGUGACAAAUGAAUGGAACUAUCCCCAAUCGAUGAGUUACCAAACGAUAAGCCAUAGCUUUUCACAACUUGACCAAAAUGAAAAGGCCUUUAAGAAGAGAUAGAAUACAUUCGCUUCAUCAUCCAGUGGUUUAUUCUGCAUCCUCCUCUUGCUCCCCUGAGUAUUGAGGACUGGCAGCAUAGCUGGGCUCGAACCUCUGUACACUGCUGAUAGGAUAACCUUAUUGCUCCAGCUGGUGCUACGAUGCCAGUGUGGUUCUUGUGUUUGUGUGAAUAUGCUUCAAACUACAAGAUCUUUCUCCACACCGACAGCUUUGCAGAACUUUGGUGGUGCUAUAUACUCACUGUGCCAAAAUAUAUAUCGAUAGAGAGAGAGAGAGAGAGAGAGAACAAGAGAGAGAACAAGAGAGAGGGAAAGAGGGAGGGAGAGAGAGAGAGAGAGAGAGAGAGAGAACAGAGAGAGAGAGAGAGAGAGAGAGAGAGAGAGAGAGAGAGAGAGAGAGAGAGAGAGAUUUUGAGAUGGUAAUUAGCAUCAGCAGGUAUAAGGAUCUCUAAUCAUAAAGCUACUGACGAAGGCUUUCAUGUGUGGUUUCAGUUUUAUCGUUAAAAUAUCAGAGUAACAUCCACAUCUGCUUUGCUCUAUCACUGCAUCCAACCUGUUAAAUGUUCAGAUAACCAGUGUUGUAACUUGCUGGCCAGAUGUGUUUUUUAAUACACAAGCAGAGUGUACAGCGGUAGAUUUUAAUAACAGAGCUCAAGUUAACCUUAAGCUUAAGUAAUAUACAGAAAGAUAGCAUAGUGAUUAGGAAGAAGCACGAUUUUUCUCUGUUAAACUGACAAUGAACCUUUUUAUUUUAUCGUCUAUAGGCCAUUGUGCCAGUAAUCGAAGGAGUGUAUAACCAGACCAAGGGACAUAGCUAUACAUCAAAUAUUUUAGAUACUGUUUCAAAGUCUUUUAUUAUUCUCAUUUUUUGUAUAUUGGUGAGUUGCAGGUUUAAGCUAAUGCUGGUGAUUGUCAGCACAUACAGCAUGCUCCAUCAGUUCCAUAGGAAACUUUGACUGUUAAUGACUUGACUUAUUGUUUUUUUGAAAAGCAAGAGGUCAUAAAGCAAAUAAAAUGUGGACAAAGAUUUGGUUCCUUGAGACGCAGUCAGGCUUGGAUGUGUAGAUUACUGGGCAGAUGUGUUGAAAAAGAAAAAACUCACAAAUUUGAUUAGAAUGACAGUUUCACUUAAAAAAACUACUAUUUGAGCACAUCAAAGGAAGUAAUUCAGCUUAAAAAUAUGCUAAAAUAAACAAUCAAUGCAUUUUGCACAUUUUUCGAAACUGAAAUUGGUUAAAUCUUCUUUCUAAAAAUGCAUUUAUAAAGAACUGAUGGUUUAUUCAUUUUUAAAUAAAGACUGGGAAGAGUCCAUAGUCUGUAUAAAAAGAGUUAGAAGGCUCUUGGUUUUAUAAGUGGUACAAAUGUUAAAGUGCCUCGAACCUGCAUUUUUUUUAGGGAGUGACUCGACUGCUUGCAAAAAUUAGUCUCUGAAAGUCUACCACAAAAUUCAGCCCUUUUCCUUUGAUGUAUUAUUUAAAAUAAAAAUUAAAGCACAGUAUGCUUUAUGGUAUGCCUAGCUGGGAUUGUCAAGAGCCUUCCACUGCAACCUGUCAACCUAAAUGGAGGCAUAGCAAGUGCGUCUGCCAUUUUCUGACUGUGGUCACUUUGAGCUUAAAAAAAGAAUACAAGAUAGCAAUCAUAGACUGUAUAAAACAUGGACAUAGUCUCUGAUUUCACCCACUGGAAAGUUGUUUUGAAGGCUCAGGAUGGUGGAACCCAAUGCUGGCGCCACCAGAAUUCCAAUAAACUUAGGUGUAGACAAAGAGGUGAAAGCUGAGGUAUUUAGCCUCCUGGCUCAGAAAAAAAUCACCCUCCACACAGUGUGUACAAAUAGUUAAAUGACUUACAAACCAAAAAACGUUUUUUAAGCAGGCUGUAAACAUGUUUAUUUCUGCAGUAUAAAUUGACAUUUUAACAUGGGAGCUACAAGGGAUUCCUUAGCUUUUGGAGCCUGCCUUAACUGGACACUCGAGGAUCUGCAGGCUGCACUGGUUUCAUUCUACAACACAGGGGGGGUUGCAGCUUGAUAGCAACAGCUAAAAAGCAAAACUUCAAAAAGGUAGUCCACCUUUGGACUAGAAUGAAUGAUAUAACGGUAGAAACAUCCACUCCUCUAAAUGGUCGACUUGCACUGCAACUCUUGUUUGUUUUUGUGCAGGGUAGUAAAAUGUAUAAUUUGCAGCAGUCAACAGUAGUUGAUGUUCCUAAGUGAUCUGUGGGCAAGCUUAUUGCUAACAUGAAUCUGACAAGCUUUGUCACUCAUCAUCAGUUUGAGGUUUGUCUGAUUUUUCUUCAGUGCAACCUGGACAUACUUGAGGGUGUCGAGGUGAUAUGCUAAAGAUUUAAAUGUACCCUUCUACUAUUCAUACACACAAAAACUUGUAUGAUGUUUUAAGUGCACUUUGCUUUUCUAUAUUUUUUUUUACGAAACGUAUUUACUAGACAGUAAUAAAAUAAAUAACAGACUCAUUUUACAUCCAGAAAGACUAGUCUAGUUCUUUAGCAAAUAAUAUAAUUUAACUGCUGAAGCCAAUGGUCAAUUCAAAAACUGUAUAAUCUGAUGACCAAUUCUCAUUGUCACCUCAUAAAGACAUGAAUCCAAAGUUGUUUCACCAAAACACAGAAGGAUGGUAAGAGGAUGAAAUGGAUGGAGAGUCAUCGGUAGAGCUCAAAGCCAAAUAUACCAAAAACUAUUCCAAAGACGAUAAACAAAAUACUUUGAGACACUAACACUCACUCAGUGAACUGUAUACACAUGAAAAGUUACAGCAGCAUCUCAUCUUAUCAUUUCUUAAUUAAGAAAGUGAUAUUAUAAACAUUUCUCUGUUUAAAAGGCUUACUUUUAUAGAGAGGUGGUGAAGGGUUUUGGCUUUGAUUUUGUAAAAGUCUUCUAACUACAUAAAUUGUGUAUUUAAGAUGUAGUGCAUUGCUUGAUCUCUAACUUUGCUGUACUUAACUGUAAUUGCAUUUCUAAAGAAAAGACUGUUCCUUUUUGCUUUUGAUAUUCUAAAUGUGUAGAAGAUACAAAGUAAUGUUUGCAUGCAUACAAAUGGACUGGGGUUGGAAAGGUCUUGUGUAUCUGUCCAGGACAGGACCAUUAUACUCAAACACUGAAGAGAUCAAAGAACUGAAAUAUAGAAUUUCAACCAAUUAAAUUAUCAGUUAUAUUGUAACUGAAAAUGUAAUAGCUAUGAAAAUGUACACAUUGUAAUAGAGCAAUUAAAACACUUUAGAAACUA